CCCCGGUCCAAACUAACUAGACUAUCCUAACCCUAGAAGCUCGAGCCUCCGAUCUAAUCUCCCAAGAUCCUCCUAACCUUACUCAGAGCACCAACACACAGCUACCUUCUAACCCAAUGGAAGAACUCACCACCUUCCUGUCAUUGAUCGGCGAAGAAGUCGAAGAUGCUGAAGAGGAAUGCUUUCUUCUCUUCGCACAAGAUAUUCCCUCGGCCAAUCUGGGCUUCGUCGAUUCACGAGCGACAUCUGUCGAUGUAACCAUCCACGGACAAGAUUAUACCAUUAACCAAUCUCCGACGCUAUUGUCGUCGUCGCGCGCGGGCGGUACAACUGGUGCAGUCCUCUGGAAAAUCACCCCCCUCUUCGCAGAAUGGAUAACAACGCAAACCAACCCCUUCUGGACCAGCACAAUCCUCACGCCAACAUCCACAGUCCUUGAACUCGGCUGUGGAAUCUCAGGCCUAAUAGCCCUGACCCUCUCCCCCACAAUCACGCACUACAUAGCCACAGACCAAGAAUACGUGCAUCGACUCCUACGGUCCAACCUCGAGGCCAACGCCCCAAAGCAACAACACCCCAAGUCUAAGCCAGGUAGCAACAGGAAACCCACCAAACAUAACAACAGCAGCAGCAACAAAACAUCACAGAAAUCAACUCCCCAAAGCACAAAUGUCACAUUCACCACCCUGGAUUGGGAAACGGAUGAUCCUGCCGCAUUGAAAGAUAGUAUUGCUACUAAUGACGGGAACACAGGGCAUGAGGACAAAGGGUUUGAUGUUCUGAUAUCUUGUGAUUGUAUUUAUAACGAGGCGUUGAUUGCGCCGUUUGUGCGGACUUGUGCGGAUGUUUGCCGGUUGAGGGCUGUGUAUGCUCCUGGGAGGGAGUUGGGGGAGGGGGAAGAGAAGCCGACGGUUUGUGUGAUUGCGCAGCAGCAGCGGUCGCCUGAGGUGUUUGAGGCUUGGUUGAGGGAGACAAUGAGGGUGUUUCGGGUUUGGAGGGUUAGUGAUGAGGCGUUGGGGAAGAAGUUGGCGUCUGGUUCGGGGUAUUUGGUGCAUGUGUUGGUGUUGAAGGAUGGACAUGAGUGAGAUUUGGCAAGGAAAAAGAGGUGGGAUGUGGUAGA